CUUCUGUAUAUAUCUAAACUCUAAAGGCAAAGUUCUUUUUCCUGUGAUUAAACAAAAAGGUACCGCAUACUUUUGCAUACCCAACUCCAUUCCAUCUCUUUCUUGAUAAACUUUGACAUCAUGACCGAAAAAUUUAUCUUUGAUAUUGCUAAUUCACUCCUAGGGAAGCUUGGUUCCUAUGCUUUUGAAGAAGCUUCUCGUGCCUAUGGUCUGUAUGAAGAUCUCCAACGGAUCAAAGACACUUUGUCAAUUGUCAGAGGUCUGCUGUUGGAUGCUGAGGAGAAGGAAAAUAAGCAUGGGGUGCAAGAAUGGCUGAGGCAGAUUCAUAACAUAUGCUCUGAUGCUGAAAAUAUAUUCGAUGGAUUUGAGUUGCAACACAAGCGAAAACAAGUUGUUGAAGCUUCUGGUAGCACCGUGAUGAAGGUAAGCUACUUGUUUUCUUCCUCUAGUCCACUUGCUUUCCGUUUUAGGAUGGCACAGCAAAUCAAAGAGAUUAGGGAUAGAUUGGAUAAGGUGGCAGCUGACGGGACCAGGUUUGGUCUUGCAACAAUCAGUAUUGAUUUAGGACUUGUUGUGCAUAGGAGAGAAAUGACUCAUUCCCAUGUUGAUGCUUCAGAUGUGAUAGGAAGGGAGAAUGAUAGGGAAGAAAUUAUCAAGCUUUUGAUGCAGCCCCAUCCUCAGGGUGAUGGUGAUGGUGAUAAAAGUUUGUGUGUUAUUCCCAUAGUGGGAAUUGGAGGAUUGGGGAAGACCACACUUGCUAAGUUGGUGUUCAAUGAUAAGAGGGUGGAUGAUCUUUUCCAAUUGAAGAUGUGGGUGUGUGUUUCUGAUGAAUUUGACAUUAAGCAAAUAAUUAUUAAAAUCAUCAACUCUGCUUAUGCUUUACCUUCAGCUUCGACGGCGGCUCUUGCUCACCAAGAAAACAUUAACAAUUUAGAUAUUGAGCAACUACAAAGUCGUCUUCGAUAUAAGCUUUCUGGUCAAAAGUUUUUGCUUGUAUUGGAUGAUAUAUGGAAUGAAGAUCGUGCAAAAUGGAUUAAAUUAAAAGAAUUAAUAAAGGGUGGUGCACGAGGAAGCAAAAUCAUAGCAACAACACGUAGUAACUCAAUUGCUUCAAUGAUGGGUACUUUCCCCUCAUAUGUUUUAGAGGGCCUUUCUCAAGAUAAUUGUUUAUCUCUUUUCCUCAAAUGGGCAUUUAAAGAAGGUGAAGAAGAAAAAUAUCCAAAUCUAGUGGAGACCGGAAAAGAAAUUGUGAGAAAAUGUCGAGGGGUUCCACUAGCAGUGAGAACAUUAGGAAGUUCCUUGUUCUUAAAAUUUGAUUUAAAUAAGUGGAUAUUUGUUAGAGACUCUGAAAUAUGGAAUUUAAAACAAAAUGAAGAUGACAUUUUACCUGUGCUUAAGUUAAGCUAUGAUCAAAUGCCAUCUCAUUUGAGGCAUUGCUUCACAUACUUUUCCAUUUAUCCAAAAGAUUUUGGCUUCACUAGUGUUCAAAUCACUAAACUCUGGAUGGCACUGGGAUUACUACAAUCAAAAGAUGGCAAUCAAACACCAGAGAAUAUUGCAAGAGAUUAUAUUGAUGAGUUACAUUCAAGGUCAUUUCUUCAAGAUUUUGAGGACUUCGGCCAUUUCUACUAUUUCAAAGUACACGAUUUGUUGCAUGAUCUUGCAUUGUAUGUUGCGAAAGAUGAGUGUGUAGUAGUAGACUCACAUACUCGGAAUAUAUCUGAGCAAGUAAGGCAUUUUUCAAUUGUUGAAAAUGGUUCACUUGACAGUGAUUUAUUCCCCAAGACCAGAAGUGUGAGAACUAUACUAUUUCCCAUUGAAGGAGUGGGUCUUGAAAGUAAAUCUAUGUUGGAUACAUGGGUAUUAAGAUGCAAAUACUUACGGUUUUUAGAUUUAAGUGAUUCUUCAUUUGAGACUCUGCCUAAUUCAAUCACUAAAUUGAAGCACUUACGUGUUCUCAACCUUUCUAAUAACCGUAAAAUCAAAAGACUUCCCCAUUCUAUUCACAAACUCCAAAGUUUGGAAGUUUUGUCACUCAGUGGUUGCAUGGAGUUUGAAACAUUGCCUAAAGAAUUAGGUAACUUGAUCAGCCUUCGGCAACUGUAUAUAACUACGAAACAGUCUGUGAUAUCACAGAAUGUAUUUGCAAACUUGACCAAUCUUCAAACUUUGUGUUUUGAAUAUUGUGACCGUUUGGAGUUGUUGUUCGAUAGGGUACAAUUUACUUCUCUUGAAACAUUGAUUGUUCGUUCUUGUGGAAGUAUUAUAUCUUUACCUUUAUAUAUUCUCCCAAGAUUGGAGGCUCUGUUAGUCAUUGAUUGUAAGAGUUUAGACCUCAGCCCACCAGAGAAUCACACUCUUCAAAAUCCAACCGGAAUAUGGAAAAUGACUUUUCUUCAUCUUCAGAAUGAAACCCCAUGGCUAUGGACUUUGCCUAAAUGGAUUGAAGGAGUUGUUGAGACUUUACAGACCUUGAUACUUAUAAAUUUGUAUGAACUUAGGAUGCUUCCAGAGUGUUUGACAAGAAUGACUCGUCUUAAAAUGCUCCAUAUCGCUGACUGUCCUCUUUUGUAUUAUCUUCCAAGUGGCAUGCAGCAACUCACUGCCCUUGAAGCUUUGACUAUAGAUGGUUGUCCUAAAUUAUGUCAACAAUGUCAGCCACAUGCCGGUGAGUACUGGCCCAUGAUUUCUCACAUUAAAUGUGUUUCCAUUGGAGAACCAGGAGUGGAGGAACCUCAGGAAGGACGGGUCUUUAGCUCCCCUGAUCUACCGUCCCUUUGGAAAGGUAAUGAUGAGCCUAGAGUCAACCAUAGAAGAGGGAGAUGAAAAGGCUGAACGUGAAGGGACACAGGUUUGUGAAAGGGAAACAAUGAGAGCAAAGGAAAGUGCAGAAGAGUGACAUGUAGUGGCUGAGGAGACAGAUUAGGGAAUACAAGCGUUGUUUCAGGUCCAGUACAAGAGAGAGUAUGCCAGUGGUUGAUAGUGUUGCAGAAGAUGGAAGUCAGGAGGAGGCUAUAGAUUAUCGGGAAUGAAAAAUAAUUGUUUCCUUAAUCAGUAUGUUUGACAUGUUGUCGAAUAACUUCAACUGAUUAUUCACUGUUUCAUUCCAUUACUAUAUGUAUUAUUCAUAGUACUUGAACUCGAAGCAUAUAUACGAAAAUUGAGCAAUUAUCAUUUUUUGAAGUGAAACUAAUUUAACUGGCUAUAUCUUUUGUUAAUAUUCU